AUGGCAACCCCCAACCCACAACAACCACCAAACCCGCUCGCGCCCCGCGAAGCAGACUACGAACGCUUCAAAAACUACGCCGCAAUCACCUUCCUAAUCGCCUCGCCCGUACUAAUCGCCCUUCCACCCCGCAAAUUCGACCAUCUCACCGUCCUCCUUGCAAGCGCAUUCGCCGUCUCCGCAAACCACAUUACCCGCGAGCGGACGGGUCGCAGUAUCGUUGAGCGCAUCGAGGCCCGCAUAGCCCGCCCACCGGGCAUUAUGCGGGAAUUGCCGAGCGAGCGCGCAGAGGAGAUCCAGGCUCGACUACGGGUGGCGCGAGAUGCGCAAAUUCGUGAGGCGGAGGCAGAGAUUAAGGCCAAGGCUGGUGCUAUUGGGGAGGAAUUGGAGAAGUUGAAGGCAAGGCAGACGCAGGAGAAGGGGAUUGCGUCGAGGGUGUGGAUGGGUGGGGAGGAGGAGGGGUGGAUGGAGAAGAGGUUGAGGAAGGAGAAGGAGGCGUUGGAGGAGGGGAAGGGGUAUGGAGAUUUGAUUUAUGAGCAUAUUUGGGAGGUUUGGAAUUGGGGGAAGAAGGUGGAUGAGGAUGAGGAUGAGUAG